AGAGUCGAGAGACAGGGAAUGGGGAGUGACCUGAAAACCUAUCCCUGAUGGGGACAAGGAGAUGAAGAGAGAAGGGUAUAGCGAUGCCUGGGUCUUUCAGCUCCAGCCUGAUUUCUCUUAAAGUCCUCUAGGAAAAAUGGAAAGGGUGGAGCAGACUAAAGGGAGGGGGGAGGGAGAGAAAUGGUGGGAGAUGUUCAGGACUUCCUUCUUCCCCAAUCCUUCCCAACCCUGGGUGGGUCUAUGAAGUCUCCUAAACAGCCGCAGAACCCAUUUUCUCGCCUGUAGGGCGGUUUACCAGCCCCCCCCCCCCUUCCCACCACCCCCGCUUCCCUCCCAAACCCUUCUCCAACUACCUCCCUGCCUCCCCCCCCCAGCCCGGUCCAGCCAAUCCCCUACCCAGCAGCUGAUUGGUAGGGCUUCUCAGCCCCUCCCUCUAGUCCCCAGUCUGAAACUGCAGGCUCGGAGCCCCGUUCUAGAGCUUAUAGACUACCUCUCAUCUUGCUGAGGAAAGCAGUGGCGGUGGCGGCGAAGAGACUUGGCCCACAGGAGUCCCUCUGGGCCUGGCUGGUGACACUGUGGCGGCUGCCUGUGGCGGCACCCUCCUCCUGACAUGUUGAGUCCCAAGAUCGCCAUCGCUGUCCUGUUGACAGUCUUGCAGGUGGCCUAUGGACAGAAAGUGAACAGCCUGACUGCUUGUCUGGUGGACAAGACUCUGAGAGUGGACUGCCGCUUUGAUAAUACUAGCAAGACCCCACUUCAGUAUGAGUUCAGCCUGACCCGAGAGAAACAAAGGCACGUGCUGAAUUCCACGAUGGGAGUUCCUGAGCAUGCCUACCGGAGCCGGGUCAACCUCACCAUCUCCCAAAACUAUAUGGCCCUGUUCCUGAAAGACUUCAGCCAAAAGGAUGAGGGUAUCUAUGCUUGUGAUCUGCGUGCUUCUGGGAUCCCCAAUUCCUUCACCACCAAGAACAUCACUGUCUACAAAGAUAAACUGCAAACCUGUGGGGUCAUGAGCCUCCUAGUUCAAAACACUUCCUGGCUGCUGCUGCUGCUGCUCUCCGUCCCCCUCCUCCAGGCUACGAAUUUUGAGUGCCUGUGAUUGGCUGGGAGCCAAGAAGGAGAUAGUCAAGACAAGGCCAAACCCCAGGAAACCCCCCCUUCUCUCUUUCUCUCUCUGAGCCGGCUGUCCCACUACACCCCCCCACCCACCCUAGGGAGGUGAGAGGAGGCAGAGAACCCACUCCUAUAGAGGAAUCCUAGUUCCGCAUGCCAUCAUUCACCUACUCUCUUCCUCCACCUUGCUGCCCCACACCCCACACUCCCCUACACCGUACUCCCAGCUGCAUUUUUGUAUUUGCCAUUCCAGGGCUGUUUCAGUGAUUAAUUGGGGGACAUUUUUCUUCUUUUCUUUCCUUUAGAAGUUUAUAAAGUGGGGUGCAAAGGGGAGGAGAAGAGACCAAGCCAGCUUUUGGAUUGGCUGGGACUGAUUUGUUGUGACCUCAAGAAAGAGAGGCUCCACGAAGGAUAGACAGGGGAGAGGGGGAAGGGGGAAGAAGGGCACUUAGAAUCUGCCUGAAUUUGGAAUGACAGAAUAAUACUGGGUCAGUAGGAUGUAGAAGUGGCAUGUAGCAGGAGCAUCUCGAAACCCAGGUGGGAGAAACAUUUGGACCAUUCUUAACUUAAAGGAGAUGGGAGUUUCUGGGGUUCCCAAACCCACCAUGUUGGCUUUACUGGGAUGAAAAAAAGUCCCAGAGAGAAUGAUCAGCAGGAAAUAUCUCCAUCUUAAACAUUAGAAAUCCCCUGGAUUCCUCUGGCAAGAAGCCUAGCAGUGAAUGAAGAAAGACCUAUAGAGUGAGGAGGAAAGAGGAGGUGGGGGAGGGCAGGGGAAAGCUGUUUUAACUGAGUUAACUGCCUCUAGUUCCCUCUAGUCUCUGCCUGGAACCCUAAUGAAUGGGGGUCCCAUUAUUGCCAUCUCUGUUACAUCCAUCUUCUUCACCCUCCCCUCAACCCCCUUUCACAAAAGCUUCCAGAAUUCAAACCCAGGAGCUGAUGAACCAAGUCAGGCUGGAUCCUUCUCUAAGAAGGGAGCCUCCUAAUUAAAGAAACUAGGUGGUGAACUAAAGGACUGGGUGGUAACCAUGUCCCUGAGAUGGUGCCCUUCUGGGACAUCCCGUCCCCCUCCCCUAUGAACUGAACUGCUCAGGAAUCUCUGGUGACAUCACAGACCCAAGCUGGAGCUUUCUGAGGAGUACAAUGGAGAAAGACUGAGAAAUGGUGCCAAUCUUCAUGAAAUGAGGUCUAAAACCAGAACCCAACUCCCCACAAUCACUGGCAUUGCUAUCUUGUCCUGUGAUCAUGUGUAUUGUCUCCACAGCUUGUUGUUUUAUGGCAUCUAGCCAAGGGAAAACAAAACUACACAAUAAAAUCUAGCCUCUGGA